UCAAAGUUCUAGGCACGGAAGAUUUGAAAUGUCGUUUGGGGACGUUCAGAAUAUGCGGGAGAUCCCGUCUAUAGCAUACUUCUGUUCAUUGUUCCACGAAACUUUAGGGACUAUGGACUUUGAUAUACAGGAUUUGGAGAAUGCUCUUGUUCUUGGCGUGGCUUCCCAGGACAUGUUUGCGGGGGGAUUCCUUGAUAGUUUAGUUACAAACCUUCUCCAAGGUUGUGUUCCAUCACUAGCCAGAACCAUCUCCUCCACCAACUACUCAAUAUACCUUAGGAAACUUUUAAAUUCUGAAUUACAAGAAUAUCAGGAGGAGAGUUUUACAGAUAUUGCUCCGCUGUGGGAUCCUUUUGACGAGAACACGGACUCAUUCUCAGAUCUUUCAAUCCCUGACAAGGCUCGUGUUAUCCUGCAGUUAACAGAGUUAAGACUUCAAGCUGACGAUGUGUCUGACAAAAUUAAGGAUGUUCCGGUGGAAAGUUUACGACUUGAACCACUAGGUCAGGACAGUGAAGGAGUGGUGUACUGGUAUUUCUACGGUACACGACUGUACAAGGAAGUUCCGAAAAAACGAAAGAAAACCAAAGAUAAAACCAGUGAUAGCAACGACAACGGGAAGACUAAGAAGAAGAAGACGAAGGUUGAGGAUGAGGAGGAGACAGAGGACCUAGGACCUCCGGGUUGGUAUCUAGCUUGUAGAACUGAACAGGACUGGACCGAUCUAACCGACAGAUUGGGGAAAUCUAAAAAGAAAACUGACAAGGAACUAUGUACAACACUACAAGACAAUUUUAUCCCCGAAGUUGUGAAAAUGUUUCAAAAGCAGGAAAGAGAUGAAAAAAUAAAGCUUCUGAUGAUGAACAAACGUUCUUCCUCAAGAAUAGACCGGAAGAAGAAAGCUCAGGAAGAAAGGGAAGAGAAGGAAAGGGAAAAAGAAGAUGCACUUAGAAGAGAAGAAGAGCAAAGAGCACGGUUAGAGAAAGAGAACGCGUCCAAAUCCCGCGCUCUCCGGGUCCAGAGCAGGGAGGAGAAACUUGUUCGUCCUCCGAGAGAGAGCUCAGCAGAACCUGAACCUAGGAUAGAUCGAGAGCAAAGAAUACUGCAACGGGAGCAGAAAAGAACCAGUCAGGGGAAUGAAUACAAGACGGAGCAGGGGAAACGAACCCGACUGGAUAUUGAGAUGAGACGGAGAGAGGUUGAACUGGAUCAUGAUUACUGGAAACCUGGAUCACGGAGUAGGAAACCCGAAGGGGGUCAGAAACCUGUUUCCAGGGAGUGGAACCGACUGCUCAACGCGGAAGAGGAGACUCAACCCUUAAGAUCAAUCAGAUUUUAAACCUGAUCUUAAGAUUUUAUGUUAAGAUCGAAACCUGCAUGGGUUAAGCUUUGAUCUUGGAUUAAUUAAACUUGUAAAGUUUAAUUUAACUUAAGUUUAGUUCUAAUAGUUCUAAUUUCAACAUCAGAUUAUGGAUCAAUGAUAUUUAGGAAUCUCAUUUGAGGUAGGAAGUUGAAGCGGGUUGGGAGGUAUAUUCUACAACUUGUCAGUCUUCAUAUUUUCUAUCUCUCCGUCAGGAUUUGUGGACAGCUCUGUAUUUAAUAUUAACCUGCGUACCUUAUAGUUUAGUUAUCUGCAUUCCUCUUGGUUUACAUACAGUGAACAGGUUUUAUUUAAGCUAUGUAGCGCAAAUUUUU